GUACUGAGCUCCGUAAAGAGAAUGCCUCUGUUUACAUCCAGUAAUCCACUUGACCAAUGCUCUUAAUGUUUUAUCCCCAGUUGGAACUGCAACAUAUAUUGACAUAACAACUUUACAAAUAUAUAAUUUUUAAGAUAAUUAGUGGAUCGCCCAUCGCCUGUACGGUGCGCAGUUCGGGAUGGAAGACGAUGAUUUUAUUUACCCGCCCGAUCUACUGGGAUCCAUAGACUUUGAGAAGGAACAUGUAGCUACAUAUGACCCCCAAUUAUCCUUGCCAAACCCAGGGCCAAACCUAGUGGUGCGACCACUUCGGCGAUCGGACUAUAAUAAGGGAUAUAUGGACCUUCUGCUCUCGGCUCUCUAUGUUCGGGAUCAAGGAAUUACCCAAAAAGAAUUUGAAGAUAGAUUCGACAGAAUGAAGGCCAGUGGCGGAUCCUACAUCAUAACUGUUAUUGAGGACACCUCCACGAAGAAAAUCGUGGGUAAUGCUGUAUUACACGUGGAGCUGAAGUUUCUACAACCCAGUGUGAAGAGAGGCCGUUUAGAAGACAUCGCAGUUUUAGAAAGAUACAGAGGACAGCAGCUAGGAAAACUUUUGAUGGAUGUGACGACCAUUCUGUGUAAAAAAGUUGGCUGCUUUCGGGUUUCAUUACACUGUAAAGACAAGUUUGUCCCACUGUACCAGAAGUUUGGGUUCUACAUAGACGAGCCAGAGAACAUCAUGUGGCUGGAUAAGAACUACCUCCAAUCCUAGAGACCCGUCGUUACCCAUCCAAGAUCAUCCAUGGUGUAUGAACUUUUAUAUUCUGUACGAAAAAUUAUUCAUAUUUCCUGUAGAUCCUCUUUAAAAAUAAAAUUUUAACAUGA